UAAGUGGGCGGUGCCGGUGAUGCCCCGCCCCCUACCGGCCCCCGCCACCCCGGAGGCCGAGGCGCCCGGCCCUAUUUAUAGCCGCGGCGACCAGCUCAUCGUGUCUUUCCCGCUGGCACUGGCGGCGGGAUUUCUGAGCAGCGUACGCGCAGCGGCCCCGCGCCCCCAGCCAAGGCGCCAUGGAGCGGCCGGCGCCCCUAGCCGUGCUGCCUUUCUCGGACCCUGCGCACGCGCUGAGCCUGCUGCGCGGCCUGAGCCAGCUCCGCGCCGAGCGCAAGUUCCUGGACGUGACCCUGGAGGCAGCGGGAGGGCGCGACUUCCCGGCGCACCGCGCCGUGCUGGCGGCCGCCAGCCCCUACUUCCGCGCCAUGUUCGCCGGGCAGCUGCGCGAGAGCCGCGCCGAGCGGGUGCGCCUGCACGGCGUGCCGCCCGACAUGCUGCAGCUGCUGCUCGACUUCAGCUACACGGGCCGCGUGGCGGUGAGCGGCGACAACGCCGAGCCGCUGCUGCGCGCCGCCGACCUGCUGCAGUUCCCGGCAGUAAAGGAGGCGUGCGGCGCCUUCCUGCAGCAGCAGCUCGACCUGACCAACUGCCUGGACAUGCAGGACUUCGCCGAGGCCUUCAGCUGCGUGGGGCUGGCGAGCGCGGCGCAGCGCUUCAUCCUGCGCCACGUGGGCGAGCUGGGCGCCGAGCAGCUGGAGCGGCUGCCCCUGGCGCGGCUGCUGCGCUACCUGCGCGACGACGGGCUGUGCGUGCCCAAGGAGGAGGCCGCCUACCAGCUGGCGCUGCGCUGGGUGCGCGCCGACCCGCCGCGGCGCGCCGCGCACUGGCCGCAGCUGCUCGAGGCCGUGCGCCUACCUUUCGUGCGCCGCUUCUACCUGCUGGCGCACGUCGAGGCCGAGCCGCUGGUGGCCCGCUGCCCGCCCUGCCUGCGGCUGCUGCGCGAGGCACGCGACUUCCAGGCGGCGCGCUACGACCGCCACGACCGCGGGCCCUGCCCCCGGAUGCGCCCGCGCCCCUCCACCGGUCUCGCGGAGAUCCUCGUGCUGGUGGGCGGCUGCGACCAGGACUGCGACGAGCUGGUCACCGUCGACUGCUACAAUCCGCAGACGGGCCAGUGGCGCUACUUGGCCGAGUUCCCCGACCACCUGGGCGGGGGCUACAGCAUCGUGGCGCUGGGCAACGACAUCUACGUGACGGGCGGAUCCGAUGGCUCCCGGCUCUACGACUGCGUGUGGAGGUACAACUCAAGCGUGAACGAGUGGACGGAGGUGGCGCCCAUGCUGAAGGCCCGGGAGUACCACAGCUCCUCCGUGCUGGACGGGCUGCUGUACGUGGUGGCCGCAGACAGCACGGAGCGCUACGACCACACCACCGACUCCUGGGAGGCCCUGCAGCCCAUGACCUACCCCAUGGACAAUUGUUCCACCACGGCCUGCCGAGGCCGGCUCUAUGCCAUCGGCUCCCUGGCCGGCAAGGAGACCAUGGUGAUGCAGUGCUACAACCCAGACAUGGACCUAUGGUCGCUGGUGGACUGUGGCCAGCUCCCGCCCUGGUCCUUUGCCCCCAAGACAGUGACUCUGAAUGGACUCAUGUACUUCAUCAGGGACGACUCUGCCGAGGUGGACGUAUAUAACCCCACCAAGAACGAAUGGGAUAAGAUCCCAUCAAUGAAUCAGGUGCAUGUAGGGGGCAGCCUGGCCGUCCUUGGAGGGAAGCUCUACGUCUCGGGGGGCUACGACAAUACCUUUGAACUCUCCGACGUGGUGGAGGCCUACGACCCAGAGACCCGGGCGUGGAGCGUGGUGGGACGGCUCCCAGAGCCCACCUUCUGGCACGGCAGCGUCAGCAUCUUCCGCCAGUUCAUGCCCCAGACGCCCUUGGGGGGGCGUGGCUUUGAGCUGGACAGUGGCAGCAGUGACAUGGGUGUGGGCCGGCCCCGGCCGCCGCAGGACCCCGCCGAGCUGCACUAGCCCCGGCCCGGCCCGGGGAGGGCCUUGGUGCAGGUAACCCAGCACCUCAGGGGGUAGCACCCCCAUCCUUCGUGCACCGGGACAGGUUGGCUGGAGCGUGGGCUCAGGGGCUGCCGAGCGAGCGAGCCUCAGGAUCUGACAGCUGGAGAGUUUGCGUGCGUUUAGAGCCUGAGUCACAGCUGCCGGGGCCAAGGCCGGUUGUGAAUGCCGCUCCCUUGGUCCAGGAAGAGCUGCCUCCGCCACCACGUCUCUGGUUCCAGUAAGUCACCCCCGCUGCAGGCCCACCUCACCAACGAAGGCACGUGCCCCUCCUGCAGCCACCACCUGUGCCGACUUGCUCCCCCCUUGGGAGAGGAGGGCCACUUCUGGGUAUGAGUGGAGGGCGGGGGUCCUUCCGGGAGAGUGCGAGGGUGGCCUCCCUGCAGGCCCUGCUGUCCCGGCGCAUCGAGAAUCAGGCAGACGAUGGCUGCAGUGGGGUCCCACCCUCCAUGGCCAGUGCUGGGCACCCGGCGAGCCAGCUCCCCAGAUGCAGGGGGUCUGCCUGCCCAGCUCCUCGCCCCUCCUGGGGUCUCGCACCAAAACACCCCUCGUGGGUGGGCCUCCUGGAGGUGAGCUCGGACCUGGGGGCACAGGGCAGUGGGAAUGGACUGGCGUGUGGCCCUGAAGGGGGCCCAGAGGGACCUGCUGAGUGUUUUCUGUCUCCAGUGGACCUGGGCUGACGCAGGUGCUGGGGGUGCCUGUCCACACACCCACCAGUCGGUGUAGCCCCACCUGGCUUGGGGGCCUCCGGGCCCUUCGUCCCAGGCCAGUUCGGCAGAGGACGAAAGUGCAAGGUCAUAGCUCCUCGCUGGGAGGCCCUGGGACUUCGUCGCUGAAGCCCAGCCAGGCGGACAGCUGCAGGCGCCCUUGCCCUUGCGGCCUGUGAGCGGAGGCUCCCGUUGCUUCUCAAGGAAGCCCGGGGCGGGGCAGCCCCAGCAGGUGGCCACAGGGUUUCAAACACAGUUGGCCCUUCCUUAGAAGGGGGGGGAGGCAGCUAGAAACAGGGUCCGGUUUGUUUGAUUUUUAACCUCUCCCCGUCCCCUUGCCGAAGCUUUCUGCAGGGUGGGAGGAUGCCUUAAGCUCCUCAGAAGCCCAGGCUUCUCCAGGAGGGUGGCAGGAGGAGCUCCUGGGAACCCCCGUAGCUGGUGUCACGUCCUUGGUUUUCUCUGAGGCGUGUGAACGGUGGAUUGGUGGUCUUGUCCUCACGGUUUCCAAAGUAGCCUUUGCUUGAAUUUGUCCUCCUUCCCUUCCAGAGGGGAGGGCGGUUACGUUUUCCUUGUUAGGUAAAUGUUCAUCAGUGUGUUCUUACCAAGAAAAAAAGUUUUCUCACCAUCGCUUCACAAGUGGCACUGAAAACCCUUUUGUUGGCCAGAAGCUUUGGGGCUGUCGGGCGGGACCCUGCCUUCCCUCCUGCGUCCCUCGAGGAGCCCUGGUGGGGGGCCACCGCUGUCAGGUCAGCCGUCUUGUUCUGGAACCCCUGCUGGAGCGGCCACAGCUCACAGCCAGCCCUUCCAUCCGCCUUGCGCUGUGGCUCAGCUGGCCACUCCGAGCCCCGCGUGUGGCAGGCACAGUGGGAAGGCAGGGGAUGCGGGGUUGGCACUUCCUGCCUCAGGCCUGGCCAGGGUGGAUGCUCGGCCCUCUGCUCCCUUGGGGACCCUCCCCCAGAUCACCCCCCCUGGUCUGAGUGUCCUCCCUCGGUGAGUUGGGGCUCGCCUGCCCCUCCCCCCAGGGUGGGCGCAGCCCUAGUUGCUCCCUCCCCACAGCCCUCACUUCACUUCCCAGGGGUAACUGAGACCUUUUUUCUAGCCCAGGUGCCUGCCUGGCGAGCUGAGCCCACGCAGAGGCGCCGGGCUCCACGGGGUGGCCGACUCGGGUUCCCCGCAGGCAGGUGCUGCCCAGGCGUGAUGGCUUGUCUCCUGUCUGUGGCAGGGGGACAACAAGGCAGGGCUGCACGGGACUGAUGGAGCCCCAAUUAUAUGCCGGUCACCAAGCUCGGUGCCAGACUGUGCCCUGCCCAGUGGGUGUGACAUGCCACGCAGAGGGAUGUGGUGAUAACUUCUGUGGCAGGUCAUGGGCAGGGGUCGGGGGAGCUCGAUCUCACGGGAGAGACUCCCUCCUGGUGGGCAGGCGGUGGGGGGCAGGCUUUUGCUGGGACCGGGGGGCCGCAGACACUCGCGUUGUUCUCACAUAAACCAGCCUUUGUCACCUGCCGCGGCAGUUCUGGUCAGCGCUGAGGGCCGGGGCCUGGGCCUGGGCCUUUGUCUGGUCUUUCCUGCAUCUUUGGUACUUCACUGUGUGACCGACCACCCCACUCUCUGGCGGCUGCUCAGAUGAUGGUUUGGGGGGGCGGGGGGCCAGUGAUGUUCACUCUAGAACUACCCAGGUCCCCACCCCCCCAGACCCUGUCUUUGGUUUAAAAGACCAAAGAUGGGAAGGGGACGCAGCAGCCUGGGCAACAGCAGGCUCCUAGUGGGGGUCCGGGAUUGGGGAUGACCCUUGAGAAACGGCUCCUCCCUGCCCUGCCCGCUCCUUGUAGGCACGGGUUCCCGUCACUCACACAGGUCUGUGCACUGACGGGCUGGGCCAGCCGGGGAGGGACUGUCUCUACACGUCAGAUGUACACAACUUUUUCAGCCUAUGAGACAAGUUAUGAAAGUUCAGUGACUUGUAUUUAAUGCUGACCUACUGCUAUAAAGUAUUCUAUAUUUAUAUGACCUCAGAGACUCUUCUGGACUAGGACAGUCUCCCUCCAGCGUCCGACAUCCAGUGCCAGCCCCAGAGCGUGGGGCAGAUUUGUGUAUUUAUUUGUCCGUUCGGUAGGCUUACAUGUCCAGGAUCCUGUUUAAGGUUUUAGGAUGCCUUCAGUACGCUAACUUUUUGAAAUAAAAAUAUUUCCUAUA